AUUCCUUCGUUCUCUUCCCAUUCGAUUUCGUUCCUUUCAUUUCAUUAUUCACACACCAAACAAAAAACCAAAAAAUCUGAAACCUUUAUUUCUUUCUUUCUCUUCUCUUCUUCACACACCAUUUUCUUCUGCUACUGCUUCUGCUGGUGGUGCUGGUUCAACAUGAGGAUCCGCAAGAACGCGAAGUUCUCAUCUUUAGAGUUAUUAAGCUCAUCUUCCUCAGAAGGAGGAACAGGUUCUUGUUCUUCAUUCUCAUUUCGUCAUACCCACGUGUGCCAGCUGAACCAGUCUCCAUGGGAUGUGAUCCCCUUUGACUCUGAUUCCAUCCAGUUCGAAUGCCACAACAAUAACAACACCACCUUCCUCACCACCACCACCACCACCACCACCACCCACGCUUCUGUAAAUGCUGCAGAUUCCGUUGGACCUGUUGAAAGCGUCGCUUCGAUGAUGGACAUUGACGACAAAACCAAGAUGGUUGCUCUUCAAGACGACGAUGCAGCCGUGGCGGCAAUGACGGCUGUCCAUCGUCGCGAUAGUGGAAAGGGAGCAAAAGUUGCCGCCGCGAACGGCGGAGCUGGUUACAGCAAGAAGACACCGGCGGCAGCUGCUGGAGGAGCUCGCAGCAGCCGCGCCAAUAAGAAUCGUGGUGGUCCUCCUCCCGCCGCCGCUGGCAGCAAGAAACCACCACCGGCGUCGAGUAAUCCGUACGAAUUUUACUACUAUUCAGGGUUUGGACCGCUAUGGGGGCGGAGAAGAGGCGGCAGACAUGGCGGCGGUGGCGGAGGAGGAGAAGACGAAAGCAAGAACAGCCAUGGUAACGGAAAUGAGAAUAAUCAUAAAAUGUUACAAAUGUUGUUAGUGUUAAUAAUAAUAAUAAUAAAGGUAGUGGCAUGGAAGAUAGUGUUGUUGGUUAUUCUUUAGUGAAUGUUGGGGAAUUGGAUUAUGUGGAGAUUGAUGAUGACGACGAAGAAGAAGAAGAGGAUAACAUCAACGAUGAUGAAGAGAUUGGGAACAAGAAGAGAAUGAGGAAGCCAGUUAAAGCUAGGUCUCUUAAAUCUCUUAUGUGAUUAUAUAUAUAA